CCAAUAAAGUUAGUAUCAUUUUUUUGGGUGACAAACCGAGGACAGAGGAACCACCGCCAUGUUCCUCUUGAAGUUCGCGCUCGUCUGGUUUAUGGCCGCCACCGUGGUAGCUGAACGAAGGUUUCCUACCGGAAGAGCCGAGUUUGAUGCGGAAACAAUUACCGCAUUCUUGCCGCGCCAGGAAGUCGAUGAGAGUUAUCGACUGCCCACGGAGACGAUCCCAACGCAUUACAGUAUCCACCUAUGGACAGCCAUUCACGAAGGUGAACCUGACUUUCAAGGCAGCGUAGAUAUUCAUCUAAAUGUUGUCGAACGAAACGAUACGAUCACGGUUCAUAACCGUGAUCUGGUCAUCACGACUGCGUUGCUGUAUCGUUUAGAGAACGGCGAGUUGCUGGAAAUUGAUCAACCGACGUACAGUCUUGAUAAGCAGAGAGAUUUUGUUACGUUCCAGUGUUCGUCAGUUUUGGAAGUUGGAAGCUACGUGUUGAAGAUAGUUUAUACGGGAAGACUACAAACGUCUUCCUCGAGUGGGUUCUUCCGAAAGUAUUACAGAGAUGAGAAUGACAAUCGGCGAUACAUUGCUUCGACACAGUUCGAACCGACUCAUGCCCGUAUGGCGUUCCCUUGCUACGACGAACCGACGUUGAAGGCUACCUUUUCUGUAUCGAUAACUCACCACCGUAGUUACAAUGCCGUAUCCAACAUGCCCGUUGAAGGGGAACCGGUUGAGGACCCGGAAAAUCCCGAUAUUGUAACUACAAACUUCGACAGGACGCAGAUAAUGUCCACUUAUCUGCUGGCGUUUGCUGUGACAGAUUUUGAAACUAGAGAGCUGGCCAUGCAGCAGAUCCAUGCACGGCCGAAUGCUAUCAACCUGACGGAACUGGCGCUGGAAGUUGGAGUUGAUGUUUUGCUUGCACUGAGUGUGCAUACGGGCAUUUCGUACUACAACUACAAACCGAAGCUGGCACAAAUUGCCGUUCCGGAUUGGGGGACAGGAGCGAUGGAGAACUGGGGUUUGGUGACCUAUGGCGAACCAGUGUUGCUGUUUGAUCCGAAAGUCAACACGUACCGUUCGAAAAUCGACAUCGUAACAAUCAUCGCACACGAGUACACCCAUCAAUGGUUUGGAAAUCUAGUGACCACGGAUUGGUGGCAGUACAUUUGGCUAAACGAAGGUUUUGCCAGUUUGUACGGUUACUAUGGUGCUGAAUUGGCCUACCCGGGCGAAGGAUACUUUGAUUUUUUCCUGAUUUAUAAUUUUCAACCGACGCUUCGUUCGGAUUCGAGCGAUUGGACGCGACCUAUGAAUUGGAAUGCUGCCACACCAGCCGAGAUAUCUGCACUGUUCGACGGAGUGGCCUACGGGAAGGCUGGAAGCGUACUUAACAUGUUCCGAAUUGUUCUGGGAGAUGACAUUUGGAGAGCUGGAUUGAAAAAGUAUCUGUUAAGUCGUGAACUGGCGGCCGCUACUCCAGAUGAUCUGUAUGCUGGAUUGCAAGCUGCUGUAUCCGGAAAACGAAUGCUGCCGGUUGGGAUGACCGUGAAGGAAGUUAUGGAAACGUGGACUACAGCCGCCGGAUAUCCUGUGCUGAACGUUCGCCGAAACUAUCAAAGCAAAGAGGUGGUGAUAUCUCAGGAACGGUUCUUCGCCGAUAAGAAGUUACCAAACGAUCACGUUUGGUACAUUCCUUACAAUGUUGCCAAUCAGCGUGACCUAAGCUUUGAACUGGACUCAUUCGACUGGUUAACCACGAAGGCUGCUAAACUGGUCACCGACAUUGAUCCCGAACAUUGGAUGAUCUUCAACCGGCAGCAGUUUGGAUUCUAUCGAGUUAACUACGACACUCGAAACUGGGAACUACUGACGGAAGCGUUGAUCGCAUCGCCAACCAGUUUCCAUACGUACAAUCGAGCUCAGCUAAUCGACGAUGCGUUCAAUAUUGCGCGAGCCGAUCUGCUUGAUUUCAGUGUGGUUCUUAAAAUGCUGUUCGCACUCCGUACCGAUCGGGAGUUUCUACCGUGGGCCGCAGGUAACAACGUGUUGAACUAUCUGUACAGUAAACUCCGUGGAACCGAACACUACGUACCGUUCGUGUUCUACGUUGACGAGCUUAUCGGUGGCAUUUAUUCGAGCUUGAAGUUAGAUUCGGUAGAUCCCGAUGAAUCUCUGCAGGAGAAAUAUUUGAAACAAUCGAUCUCAUGGUGGGCAUGCAGAAUCGGAGCUUCCGAUUGUUUGACGAGAACCGAAGCAGUGUUCAAAGCAGCGGUUAGUCAGGGUACUGAGGUACACCCAGACAUCUCCUCGGUAGUUUACUGUUACGGUUCUCAAUCGGGUACGGACGAAGAAUUCCUGUGGCUGUAUCAACGCAUGUUUAACUCAAACAAUCCAGCCGAACGAACACUUCUGAUCGAUGCUAUGGGUUGCUCGCAGCGGGAAGAUCACCUGGAAGCAUUCCUAACAACUUCCAUCGGUUCGGGUGUUGGCGUGGAGGUCAACUACUACGACAGCGAAAGGAACCGCGUUCUGCAAGCCGUCUACUCGGGAAGCAGAACCGGUGUGGAUGCACUGAUCGAUUUCCUGAACGAUUAUGACAUGGCAGACGAUUUGAUCUACUGGUUGGAUCAACCGGCAUUCAACAAUGCGAUCGCUGGAAUCGCUGCGCGAACUAACACACAGCCGGAGUUGGACAGGCUGAAACAGCUGUUCGAAACGGUUGGGGCUCUCGCUCCGCAAAAUGUUGUGGAUUCUGCCCUGGCUACGGUCAAGGCCAACUUUGAUUGGUUCGAUAGCCUCGAGGGGUUAAUUGUGGUAGAAUUUCUUGAAGAUUUUCUCGAGGGGCAGAAAAAAAAGAGAGACUAGAUUAGUAGGACAAUUGAAAUAAAAUGUUACGGUAGCUAGAGAUAA